GUGGAUAAGCGGAGCAGCUGUAGUCAAUGCAUUUUAUUCUUCAGGCAGAAAUCAGAUAGUCUUUCCAGCUGGCAUUCUGCAGCCUCCUUUCUUCAGUGCUCAUCAGCCUAACUCAUUGAACUACGGGGGCAUCGGCAUGGUCAUAGGACACGAAAUCACCCAUGGCUUCGAUGACAAUGGCAGAAAUUUUAACAAGGACGGAGACCUUGUUGACUGGUGGACUCAAGAGUCUGCAAAUAACUUUAAAAAGCAAUCCCAGUGCAUGGUGUACCAGUAUGGAAACUUCUCCUGGGACCUAGCAGGUGGACAGCAUCUCAAUGGAAUUAACACACUGGGAGAAAACAUUGCUGAUAAUGGUGGUAUUGGCCAAGCAUACAGAGCCUAUCAAAAUUAUGUUAAAAAGAAUGGUGAAGAAAAAUUACUUCCUGGACUUGACCUAAAUCACAAACAACUGUUCUUCUUGAACUUUGCCCAGGUGUGGUGUGGGACCUACAGGCCAGAGUAUGCGAUCAACUCCAUUAAAACAGAUGUGCACAGUCCAGGCAACUUCAGGAUUAUUGGGACUUUGCAGAACUCUCCUGAGUUUUCAGAAGCCUUUCACUGCCACAAGAAUUCAUACAUGAAUCCAGAAAAGAAAUGCCGGGUUUGGUAAUCUUCAGAAGAAGCAGUGCAGCCCUGGGCUAGACUUGCCAACAUCACAGAAAUGGGGAACUCUAUCCAAGAAAAAAAGGGCCAGAGAAGUCACUGUAACUACAUGGAGGUCAUUCACAGAGAUGAGAGCAUUGUGAUAAAAUGAAGUUAGGUUAUGCUGGGAAAGGUGUGGAGGGUGGAGGGGUCUAAUGUCUAUCAAAUCAAUCACUGCUCACUGUGUAAAUAAUGCUUAAUAUCUAAAGAUAAUACUACCGUUCAUGUCUAUUUCUCGUAUGAUCUGCCAGUUUGAUGUUGUCUCUUGAUGACCGGGACUUCUAAUCACAGGGAGAAAGAUGAGGUUGAGGAAUUCAUUCGGCACCAAAAGCACAGCACCCACGUGAGAGUUAAACACCCGUUGCCUGUGUGCUUAUUUUUACUUUUACUUACGACAUUUAUACUCCUUCAGGGCUCUUCCAAAGAAUUCUUAUACAUAGUGGGGCCUCGGGACUUAAUGUAGUUUUAAUCUAUUUUUGCCAGUCAUCAGUUAUCCAUUCUGAGAGCUUUGUGUUUUAAGCACUCUUAGGGCUAAAAUGAACGUCUGAAACGGUUUCUGCUGUUACUGCUUUGACUGAUCAUGAGAUUCUUGAGGCUCCCUGCAGUUUUCUAAGCAACUUCUUGUUCUCUCUCUCUCAAAACUUGGCCUUUUUAAGAGAUUUGUAGUAAUGUAUAAAUAAUUUUUAUAUUUAAUUAUUAAUGACAUUUAUGACUAAGGGAUUGUUAUUAUAGGUAACCGUUGAAUACUGAACCUCAGACUGAGAUAAAGAGUUAUGAACCAAAAUCUGUAAAUCACAGAUGAAGAUUUGAGACUUUUUAAACUUAUAAACCAUAUUGAUGAAAAGCUUUAAGCAUAAACUUUGGGGUAAAAAUUGCCAUGGGACAGUGGUCUAAAGAUACCUAAGAGUUGUGGUUUACAAGCAGGAUUUUCUAAAUUAAAUCUGUCCCUGAAGGUGGCUGUGAGAAAAGGGCAAAACCGCAUCUCUGUAGCUCUGCGUCUCCUUAUCUCUUCAGGUUUGUCCUCUGAUGGAAGUAUUUUGAUAAUAAAUGGAAAUUAUGAAUUCAUUACUCACUAAGCUUAUUGUGCCAGCCAUCUAGCUUUGGAAAGUGCAUUUCUGAAUAGACAUGAGAGACUCCGGUGCAUCCAGUGGGCCUGCUUCUAAAAUUCUAACUCGCGUACAGUUCUGGGAGGGGGACGGCAGCCCCUGAUGGCAGCUCGUCUCUUGAGGCUUUUAUGUUCUCUUUUCCUGUCCUGUUGGCUAGUUUAAUUCAUUUCAUUACUUGAUUAAUAUUUUACAAAAAAGGUCCAAAAGCCUUAUUUUUUUUCUUAACAAAACACGGAAAUGAAGGAAUAUCCAAAAUAGGAGUGCUGGUUUUUCUGCCUGUUGAAAAAUGCCCACUUAACGUGUUUUUUCAAAGUAGAAUUGAAAUAUAACAUGUAUACCGAAAUUUCAUGAAGCUUAAGUGUAUAGCUCAGUGAACUUUCUCCAGCGGAGCACCCCCCUGUAGCCAGGACCUAUGAGAAGCAGGACAUGCCCCAGAAGCCCUUCUCAACUGUCACGUCACUCUUCCAAGGACAACUACUGGCCUGACUUUUUUUUUCUUUUUCUUUUUCUUUUUUUAAAAUUUUUUAAUGAGGAGAAAGUAAUUUUAGGUUUAUUUAUUUAAUAAAUUAAACACACGAAUUGAACCCAGGACCUUGUUCAUGCUAGGCAGGCACUCUACCACUGAGCUAUACCCUCCCCGACUUGGCCUGACUUCUAAUAUCAGACAUUAGUUUUGCCUGUUUUUGGCUUUUAUGUAAAUAGAAUCAGUCAGCAUGCGUUCUUUUUUGUCUGGCAUCUUUCACGCAGCUUUACAUUUGUGAGAUUCAUCUAUGUUGCAUGUGACUGUGGAUCUUUCCUUCUCAUUGCUGAGUAGUAUUCUGUUGUGACUAUGUUACAAUUUUUCUGUUCCAUUGUGGAUGCACUUGAGAAGUUUCCAGUUUGGGGCUGUUACAAAUAGUGCAGCUAUGAACAUACUUGCAUAAUAUCAUCUUUAUUUACCUGAGAGUUUUAUGGACUAAUUUCCACAAGUCCUUUCUAAAAUCAUGAACAUUGAAAAUAUAGUUUUAACUGUUCAACUGACCAGCCUAUACUCUUCAAAACUGCCAAAAUCAAAAGACACCAAGAAGGCCUGGGGAGCUGUUCCAGAUUAGAGGAGACUGAAGACUACGUGACAAUAAAUGCAAUGCAUGAUUCUGAAUUGGAUUCCGGACCAGGAAAAACAAUCACUAUAAAAUACAUGUUUGGGACAGUUGGCAAAUUUUAAAAAUGAAUGGUGGAUGAAUUAAUAUAUUUUGUCAAUGUUAAAUUUUCUGCUUCUGAUUAAAAAAAAUAUAUAUAUAUAUAUAGUUUCAAGCUAAUCAUGGAUAGCCUUAUUCUCCCCCCUUUAUCACUACCACCAUCAUGGUGGAUAAUUUGAAGUACACUUAAGUGUAUAUUUUCUUAAACUUAAAACAUUCCUAAGUAAUAUUAAUAGUGGAAGCAAUUGGAGCAUCCAGCUCUGAAGAGAACUUUUGAAUUAUUUAAUUUCCAUGCUGUCAGAGCAGCUGAAGAACCAGAACUGAAGAGCAACCAGUACGAAUUAUAAAAAGGCACCAGACUCCCCCACUGCUAGCUCUUUAAAAUAUCAGGCUUCCAUCUUCAUGGAGGAACUUGAGUGAAGUUUUCUGGGAAAAAAAAAAAAAAAAAAAAAAAAAAAACUUCUCCAGUGCCUGGAUCUUUUAUCUCCAGAAAUAUAAGACUUCCUGGGGCUAAGGGAUAGACCGACGUCAGAACACUAGUACCCCCCACCGCUCCUCACGCACGCGGACAUCAGUAAUUGUACACAGCACCGUUGUUGAGCUGCGUGGCACCUGAUGGUCUCUUACUCACUACCAAUCUCUUGGUGUUGUCCCAUUAGAUAAAAUCUAUUCGUAACGAUCUCACAUGUAAGUCUAAUUAUGCCCAAAUCCUGGUCAAGAAAAGAGUUAGGAAGCUGAGACACCAAAGAUUGGGAGCUGACGUCACUCAGGGAUGAAGACAGAAGUUCUCGGCAACACCAUUGAUAAGAUGUCUGCUCUGUGCUACACCAUCUACGUAAAUUCAGGUGUAAGGUGGAAAGGAUGCUAUCCUGGGGGAAGAGUCCUUUCUUAUUUCUAAUUCUAUUCUGCUACUAAUGACAAAGUGACCUUGGACAUUUGAUCUUUUCUCUUGGGCCUCUGCUUUUCCCACCUGAAAUAAAAAUAAUUAGAUGCUGUCAGUAGUGCUCAGCAAGAGAAGCAGAGUGUGUCCAAUGUUGCCUUACUCUUAAUCUGUUUCUAGUUAAGAACCAUUGGGUAGAAUCAUCUCAAAACUCCCAUAUAAAUGUUUGAGUCCAAUUAGACCACAUGAUAAUCCAAAGAACAAAGAUCAAAGUUUUGUUAAUUUGGGGUAUGUGCUGUUCUUAAGAGUUUUCUCAAAAACCUUUAUCAUUCCUGUCGUCACAGAUGUAAUUCUCCAAGUAGAUGAUAACUAUUACCUUGGAAAUAAGACUCCAACCCUGUCAAAUAUGGAAGGUCAGAAAGCUAUCAGGCUCCAGUCUCAAAAAUACAAGAUAAAAAUAAAUAUUGUUCAUACUGUU